CAAUUUUUCAGCUCAAAAGAAACGAUCAAUAUCGCACGAAACUGCCAAAAAUUAAAUCGAAACGUUCUUGGAAAUCUGCUAAGAAAAAGACGAGGAACAAAGAAACGGCUCGAGUGUUUCUUUAAUGUAAUGCUGAUUUAAUGUCGUUCUAGUUUUGACAUUUCUCCUGAGCAGUUUUUCCACGUUUGAGAGAUCACGGCCUUACAUCUUCAUCAAUUAAUGGCUCUAGUAUUUCUUAGUUUUAAGUUUCAAGCUUCAGGCGAGUCGCCAGGUUGCUUUAGGAAUCCUGUUGGUGUUGCUGAUCGCAGUAUAAUCCCUGAUAAACAGAUAACAGCAUCUUCCUAUUUCAACCCUGGUAGUAUGGCGGCUUGUGGUCGACUCAACGGUAACAGAGGCGCUGGUUGGUGUUCGGCUAGUUCCACUAGAAUAGAAAGGCUUACGAUUGACGUCGGAGAAAUAAUUCAAGCAUGCGGUCUUGCUACCCAAGGAUCCACAGAAUGGGUCAAAUACUCUUGGGUUAAAGCUUUCUUACUGCUUACUUCCACGGAUAGAGAAAAUUGGGAACCUUACCAGGAAACACGUGGUGAAACAACUGUACACAUUUCAUUGUAUUAGGCAUAAAAAGCAAUUGUUAAUUUUUAAUUUGGUGGUGUGGAAAGAAAUUGGAAGAAAACGUUUUUUUCUUAAUAUUUCUUGUUUUCCUUUUUUUGCUUAUGGAACAAUUUGGUUCGGAGAUUCUUAUUCCCUUUCAAAAUAGUGAUGUCCUAUUUUUUUACCUACAUGUUUCAAAGGUAUUUCUGAGGAAAGGUAAUAGUUCGACAGUCGACCAUCACAAGUUACCGAUGCCAGUGUACGCAUGAUACUUUCAGGUUCUGUUUCUUCCAUUUUAUUAUCACAACUGGAUCUGCCUCAGAGUUGAGAUUUACAAAGAAAAAUUUCCAGGAUGUCAAUACUACGACUUAGGACUGAGCAAUGGAUACAUCCUGGAUAGAGAUAUCAGUUCGUCAUCCGUACUUAACGCUAAUGCACCAGCAAAGAAUGGUCGAUUACACUAUACUGAAGGAUCCUCGUGGUGUGCAGCAACAAAUGACAGUCAGCCAUACCUACAGGUUGACUUUGGGAAGCUUUAUAUCAUCUGUGCUGUGUCAACUCAGCGAAAUUCCCAAGGGGAUCAGUGGGUGAAGAAGUACACACUUCAAUCAUCCAGGGAUGGAACAACUUGGGCAGACUAUCAAGAGGCGGGAAUAUUGAAGUAUACCAAGGCAGCUGCUGUAUGAGAGUUGAAAUAUAUGGAAUACCGCUGAAAGCAGACAAUCUGGCCUUACAAAAGCCCACUACUCAGUCAAGCAUAUAUGUUGGUAAUAUGCAUAAUCAUUGGGCAAGUAACGCGGUGAACGGAGUAUGGAAUUUUGCGAGUUACUUUUGUACACGCACAAGGUCAUCUACUAAUCCAUGGUUGGGAAUCGACCUUGAGCAAGUGCUUCCCGUUUCAGAGGUUUACAUACUCAAUAGUCCGGAAACAUUAGACGAUGCUGAGAUAAGAGUGGGAAAUGAAACUACAAGUGGAGGAGCAAAUAAUAGCCUUUGCGUCAGUGGUUUAAGAAAUAAUGGUACAAUGGGGAAGUUUUUUCGCAGUAACACGUCACUGUAUGGCAAGUAUUUAUUCAUUAGAUUACUUGGAUCAUCAAAAACUUUGAGCCUAUGUGAAGUUGAAGUUUUCUCCGAAGUAAUGUCGAAUCUCGCCUUGAAUCAGCCUGCUUAUCAGUCUUCUACACUUACAAACAAUACGGCUGACAAAGCAGUAGAUGGACAUAUUCCAACCUGUUCUUCAACUCAGUCCCAGCAGGACCCCUGGUGGAGAGUGGACUUGGGAGCAACACAGGUUGUGGCCAAGGUCAUGGUAACAUACAAAAAUCGCACGGAAGGAGUUCACGUCUGGGUUGAGGCAGUUCAAACUUGCGCUGCGGAGGACAGCAUACUUCCCAAAGAUUUCAAACCAUUCGAGAACUACUUCACAUACAUUGUCUUCCAAGACUUCUUGGAAAUUUUGUUUUCAUUGAAGAUUCAGGCGCUAACAGAACACUUUCCUUAUGCGAAGUGCAGGUUUAUUCUGAGAGACAAACAGACAAUGGUAAGCAAUUGUUGUAAAUAUGAGGUUGAAGUUGAGGUUGAACACUGA